UCUAAUGAACAAUUGAAAGAAACACCAUGGCAAAUCCCCGGCUAGUUAUCGUUCUCUCCGUCCUCUUCCUCGUCUCCAUAUCGGCCCGUUCCGAGUACUACUCCAGAACUUCCCGGCGGGUUCAUCUAAAACCGAAGGAAACCCAUCUCCGUUUCUUCCUUUUCGACAUCCUAAGCGGCGAUAAACCCACUGCUGUCGAAGUUGCGCAUUCGAACGUCACCUUCGGCACGUCUGUGAUCCCAUUCGGCACCGUCUACGCCAUCGACGACCCGCUUCGAGAGGGACCCGAAUAUAAUUCGACAUUGAUCGGCAAUGCGAGGGGGAUGUAUAUGUCAGCAAGUAGAGGCUCAGAUUUUUGCUUGGUGAUGUACAUUGACUACGCUUUCACUGCAGGCAAGUUCAAGGGCAGCUCCAUCAGUGUGUUUUCGAGGAAUCCGGUGACAGAGUCGAAACGGGAGGUGGCGGUUGUCGGCGGGCGAGGGAAGUUUAGGAUGGCUCGAGGGUUUGCUAAGCUAAAGACACAUUAUUUGAAUGUCAACAAUGGUGAUGCCAUUAUUGAAUAUGAUGUUACUGUGUUUCAUUAUUGAGAGAUUUGGAGAAGAUGAUAGCCGUUGGAUUUGAAUUCUGACAUCUAAUCAUUUGGUCUUAAGGAUUGAUUAAUUACCUAAUUAUCCUUUU